UAUCACUGUCGACUUGUAUUCAUUUAUUUUGGAAAUAAAAAAAUAAAAAAAAAAAAAAAAAAAAAAAAAAAAACUGAUUUAAAAAGCAUGCCACCUAUUAGAUCAUUAGAAGAUGCUUUUCUUUCUCAGUUAAUUGAGGAUGAGAACAUUCAAAAUGUCAUCUUGAAAACAGAUGUUGAAGUUAAUUCGUUAGUCUCUAUUUUAAAAAAACUCAAUUCAACUUCAAACGCGUUACAACAAGAAUUAUUCGAGCAAGUGCAAUCUCAUUUCGAGCAGUUUGCAUCAUCUUAUAAUACAAGUCAAGAUAUACAAGCUCAAGUUUUGAAAAUGACCUCUCAAGUAUCAGAAACCGAAACAAUAGUGUCUGAAACACAAAAGCAAGCAACAACGACAAUUGAAGCAUAUCAACAUGCUUUGCUUGAAUCACAAAAGAAUCAAGCUAGAAUAAAUGCAUUACAAAGGAUUGAACAAAUAUUAGAAUUAAUUGAAUGUAUUCAUGAUGAAUCAAGUCGAUACACUUAUUUGGAUUCUGUUAACCAUUUAAUUCAAUUGAAACAUAUUCUAGCAAAAGAUUGGAAGGAUGAUGAUCCUAGUAAUAGUACUCAAAUUAAAGAAAUAAUACUCUCUCGUGUUGAGCAACUCGAACAAUCGAUUGUUCUAAGUCUUCAAGAAGGGAUUCAUACUGCUAUUCAAUGUAGUUUGGGCUCAAUACGUGUAUUCUCCUUCUUUCAACCUAAUUUAAAUACAAAAGUGCAGUUGUCUGAUAUCUUUCAAUCGUUAUAUCAACUAGGUUUAUUACCUGAAGAAUGGAUGAAUGUUCAACGUUUGGUAUUUAAAAAUAUCUUUAUUCCUUAUUUCGAAAAAUCCGGUAGUAGAAUACAAAUAGAAAAUGUUCAAACUGAGUCUGCAGGCACAGGAGGUGUAUUACAAAUUAUUCGUGACACUACUGAUGAAGAUGAAGAUGGUUAUGUCGAACCAAUAUCGAUGAUAAACGAUAUGGAACUUAUUUUAGAUUUUCUUUAUUCUAAUUUUUUCAAUAAUAGUGAUAACGACAAAGACAUGAAGCUUUUAUUCGGUAAUCUAUUUUUACCCGAAUUAAUAAACUUGAUGAUUAGUAAAGGUAUUGCACCAGCGAUCCCGUCUACAAGAUCCAACUUAUCCGAUUUUAAGCGUGUAGCAGAUAGUGUUAUCAAGUUUGAAAAUAAAUUUGAAGAUAAAUAUGGCUUCCAAACAAAGGAUACAAUACUAUUAACAGAUUAUGUAAAAAAUAUCGAUAAACAUUAUGCUAAGAAACGAAGCGAACGUAUAUUGCAGGAAGGAAGAAAAGUAAUGCUUCGACGGCUUUAUGAUACAGACAAGACAACUAUAAAAGGGCAAAAAGAGAAUGAACCUAUUUAUGAAUGCCAGAUUACUCAAACACCUGAAAUAUUAUCUGUUUUGAUAUCUGAUACCUUGUCAGAAGCGUUUGAUUUACUGCAUGAUUCUCAUACUAUCUCAGCUAACACAUUAGUGGACGGUCUAGGCGAUUUAUUAGAUAUGUAUCGAGCAAUCAUGCCCAGUUAUCAUCGAACACAGUAUCUGAUGAGCCCAGCCAAUUCUCUUGUAUUUAGAAAUGAUUGUCUUUGGUUAGCUAAUCAACUUGAGACAAAACUGUCUCCAAAUGCUUUGCAUUCGUUCCCACAAUUGUCAGUACUGUUAAAGGAAUCUAUAGAACGCCUCAAGGAAUUAGGCAAUGCUUGGCAUGAAUUAACAAUGACUCAGAGAUUAGAAAUGAUACAAGCCUGUUUAGAUCAAUUGAAUGGAUUUUCUGGUAUGAUGGUAAUGGAAAAUGUUGAUAAAUUUCAACAAGUGUGUGAGCAAGUAAUUUCGCAAGUCAUUGACUUGGUAUUACUCUUUGCAAAGGAGGUGCGACCUGUGAUUGAUGAAGUCCUGUUCUUAGAUAUGUUGGGCCGUAUCACUGAAAGUAUCUUGAAUAGAUUGAUCAAGGAUAUUGAAGCAAUAAAAGAUAUAGGAGCAGAGGAGUCACAUGUGAUUGCACGUGCUCUUAAUAGUUUUGCUCAACUCGUGGGGGCAUUUGACUUACCAACCAGUGAUGCGACUGAAUCCUUUGUUUCUGAACUUGUCCCAAGUUGGCACAAAUUUUGGCUACUGAAGGAUAUUUUAGAAAUGAACAUGCGUGAAAUUAUGGAAAGCUUUCAUCGUGGUGAUCUUCAUAUGUUCGAAAAAACCGAGUUGAUUGGGCUACUCUGUAGCUUAUUUGCUGAUACAAAUUUGAGAGAAUCCAAUAUUGAAGAGAUCAAGGGAGGACAAAGCUCCAAUCGAUAUGAGACACCACCAUCCUAUACUGCAAAGAUACCCAGCCAGCAAGAGCAAUCAUCUACUUCUUUUGCUAGUCCACCAGCGUCUACACCUGCUGUAUCCAGUACUUCUGGAUCCAUUCAUUCUGGAUUGCAGUAUACACUUGACGAUGAUUUAGAAGAAACAGAAAUAGGCUGGAAAGAUGAUGAUGAUGAUGAUCUGUUCAAGGACGAUACAUAUCAGUCUUUAUUAAAUUCAUCUGCAGAGAAUAACUCUACAGGGCAUUCACGUUGUAUUUCAUUAGAGCCUUCCCAAACAAUGGAUAUAGAUGAUACAGCUGAUGGGUGGAGUGAUGCAGAUGAAGAUGUGUUUAAGGAUGAUAAAUUAAUAGGUUCAUCACAAUUAGUAGACGAAUUGCCCACUUCUUUUAAAACAACACAUGAUGAAGGCUCUAAAAAUACGAUACCAACAGUACAAAAGCCCUCUAUCUCUUUAUCAGCACCAGAUUUAGAUAUGCAAGAGUUAGAAGAAGGUGAAGGAUGGGGUUGGGAUGAUGAUGAUGAUGAUAUUUUUAACGAAGAAGAAGAAGAUAUAAAAUAACAAGAUCGCUAAUUAUGUAUACAUAAUUCUACAACAUACAGAAUUAGAAUAGAUAAUCAAUAAAAUCCAUUGAAUUGUACAUAUAACAAGAACAUAUACAUGUGUGUGUGUGUGUGUGUGUGUUGUAAUAAUGUAUUUUUUCAGCAAAAAAAAAUAAAAAAAAAAGAUAUGAAAAGAAUUCUUUUUA